AUGAGUCAGACAGCUGCCAGCAGCCUGAAGACCCUCGGAGUUGAUUUGCUCCAAAAGCAAAAUGCCCGUCUUCACCACACUGAGGAGUAUCAUGAGAACAACAGUCUGAUUGUGAGACGAGGGCAGGUGUUUCAGUUAAAGCUGACCUUUGACCGGGAGCUGAAAGACAAUGACAAAGUGGUGGUGCAGCUCAGUGUUGGUGAGAAACCCAUGAAAUCCAACAAGACCCUUUUGUCGAUGGACCUGAGGUCUGGGCAGGACUCCCAGUGGUGGUGUGCCAACAUCUCUAACACCAGUGAGAAGGAGUGCCUGGUAGCUGUGACCAGUCCGGCAGAUGCAGCUGUUGGAAAAUACUUUCUGAGUGUGAAAACUGCACGUCACAUUUAUAACCCUGGAAACAAAGUUGUCUACGUGUUGUUCAACCCUUGGUGUGAAGCUGACACGGUUUUCAUGCCUAACGAUACUGAAAGAUUGGAGUACGUUCUCAGUGACACAGGCUCCAUCUAUGUUGGAUCAGUACAAAAUAUAGUUGGAAGACCCUGGAAUUUUGGACAGUUUGAGGAAGAUGUCUUGGACUCCUGUAUGUAUCUCCUGGACAAAAGCAAACUCAAGCAAAAAGUUAGAAAAGAUCCUGUGAUUGUGUCCAGAGCCAUGUCUGCUUUGGUUAAUUCCAAUGAUGAAUCAGGAGUCCUUUUUGGGAACUGGUCAGGAACCUAUACUGGUGGAACCUCCCCUGUGGCCUGGACAGGAAGUGCCCCAAUUUUGCAGAAAUACUACAAAACAAAAAAACCCAUCCGCUUUGGUCAGUGCUGGGUUUUCUCUGGAGUUCUUACUACAGUCAUGCGCUGCCUGGGGAUUCCAGCCAGAAGUGUGACUAACUUCGCCUCGGCUCAUGAUACUGAGGAAAAUCUGAAAGUUGACAUCUACAUGAAUGAAAAGGGCGAAAAACUGGAUGACAUGACAUCAGACUCUGUCUGGAAUUUUCACGUGUGGAAUGAUGUGUGGAUGAAAAGGCCAGACUUGCCCCAGGGUUUUGAUGGUUGGCAGGCACUUGAUGCCACCCCACAGGAGAUAAGUCAAGGUGUUUACCAGUGCGGCCCUUGUCCACUAAAAGCCAUCAGAAGUGGAGAAGUCUAUUUGUUGUACGACUCCAAGUUUGUGUUUGCUGAAGUGAAUGCCGACAGGGUCUUCUGGCAAGUGAAGAACGUGAAUGGCAAACAGAAACUUGUCAAACUGCGUGAGGAGAUCAAGACCAUUGGGAAGAACAUCAGCACCAAAGCUGUUGGGAAGAACACAAGGGAAGACAUUACAGCACAAUACAAAUUCCCAGAAGGCUCUCCAGAGGAAAGGAAGGCUGUGGAAAAGGCUUGCUCCUAUCUGAACUCUUCGAAUUUGGCAGUUUGUGAGAGCACAACUCCUCUUCCACCCCUCCAGGCUGGGAUCCAACUGGAUGUAGAGAGCGAAAAAGUUUUAUGGCUGGGAAAUCCCAUUAAUUUGAACAUCAUUGUACAGAACAGUUCUGCUGGUGCAUGGACGAUCAAUCUUGUUGCCUCUUGCCAACUGCAGUCCUACACCUCGAAAGUAAAGGCCAAUCUUGGAUCCAUCAAACAGACUGUCCAGACCGAAGGCAAACCUGUUAUUCAGCUCCCUCUGAAUAUAGCAGCUGAUGCUUAUAUGAAGACUGUAACAUCUGUUGCGGAUGAACUUCUCAUAAAAGUCAAUAUUAUUGCUGAGAUUCAGGAAACUAAUGAAAAGCUUACUGAUGAGCUAACACUAACGUUCCAAUACCCCCCUCUCAAGGUGGAGAUGCCAGAAACUGCAAAGAUUAAUGAAGAUUUUACCUGCUCCUUUAUCUUCAAAAAUACUUUGUCUAUUCCCUUGGAAGAGUGCAAAUUGCAUGUGGAAGGACUGGGCAUUUUUAAAAUGGAAACAAUUGAUCAAGGGGACAUAAUGCCUGGUAGGAUCAUUAAAUCCCAAAUAAUAUGUGCUCCAAAUAGAACAGGAGAGAAAAAAAUUGUAGCCAAACUGACCUCUAACCAAGUCAAAGGAAUAUCUGGGGAAAAGAUGAUUACCAUCACCGCCUAG